AUGACUCGCGUUAAGAAAUCAUUUGUGAGCAUAACUCGUAUUAAGACGUCAUUUGUGAUAGCUGCUGGCCUCACCGCCCUGUAUGUAAUUUUGGUUCUUUUCUCUUUCUCUGGUCGCCAGCGUACUAAGGCGCUCCCGGAACAGUUGCUGGUGAAUGAAGUUGAAACCGACACGAAAACAAGCUACUUCUUUAAAGGUUUGAAUCAGCAUACAUGGGAAGGGAGGUGCCUACAAAGUCUCGAAAAACUUUGCAAUUUUCCAAUCUUUCCCAAGGCACCAGACAGACGAGCCAUCGUGGACAAUGUUGACACCUCCUCAACUGCAAAACAAGUUACCGGCCUUCGACUGCUGGGUUUUCUUCGACCCAAUGUGACUGGCGAAUAUUUUUUCACCGUUGAAACUAAUGGAUUUGUGGAGGUUUGGCUUAGUAAAAGCAUUAGUUGGAAAGCGGGAGCGAACAUCGCACACGGCUACCCAACAGGCAGGCUUCCGAAAGAUGAAUCUCUAGAAUCUUCUAACUUAAGUGUGAAGUUGUCAGCCCAACAUGCGUAUUAUAUAGACAUAGUGUAUGCUCGGGGCGAAAUUAGAAAUAAUAAUGGCCCUCAAGUAAAACUUGCCUGGAAAAGACCAGAUAAAAAUGUCUUUGAAGUUAUCCCUGGGGAGUUUUUUGCUCUGUUCAAAAAUGACAGUGACAUGGCUGAAAUGAAAGUUUACGAUGACGAUUUGCCUGACGUGCUUGCUUGUGAAUCAAUACGCCUUAAAUUUGCAAGCGAACACAUGAAACCGGAGAGGAUCACUUACUUAGAAAGCUCAGCAGUGAGGAACGCAUUAAAUUUUUGCGAUUACAACCCCAGUUAUCUUCUUAAUCCGGCAAACGUAGCCGGUUUUAGACAAUAUCAAGGUGUUUAUAAACAUGUCCACAAAACGUACACUUUACCUUAUUCAAGUGUCUAUGGAAUAACAAGGGGAAGAGGAGGACCAGCAUUUUUGGCUGAAUUUCCUUUGGAAGAACGAGAAGCUCGCUCGGUAGUCGAAAGAUACACAGCUGCACUUGAGAAACGUUACGCAGGGUGAGUCGCUUGUUGAUAAUGUCUUACAAGGAUACUGCUUUGUCAACAAUGAAAGGCAGCACAAUCGCAAUUAUUUUUUGGGGGGGAGGGGGUUCUAAGAAAUGCUAACUCUCCCGGGGGCUUAUAUUUGGAGGGGCGAUUUAGCGGAGGGUUUUUUGCGUUACGAGUUUGGGGGGCUAAUAUUUGAAGGGGCUUAUUUUCGGAAUUUUACAGUAUUUCCCAAGGUUUUCCAAAAUUUCAAACAUCCCUCCCUCUGAUAUUUUGCCAACCUCGUCCCCAGGACUUUUCCCUAAAAAAAUGGGUGGGGCGGGAAAAGGCCCUGUAAUCGGCUGGUCACGUGUACAGCCUAAAUAUUCCUGAGAAGCUAAUUUAUAUGCACCCCGCUGGUUUUUCGCUGACAGAAGGGAGUAACACUGGAAAAUAAUAACAUCGCGAACUAUGUCAAUAUUUUCGCGUAUGUCCUAUUCAAAAGCUUAAGAUCCAUUUAAUUGCGCAUUAUUCAAAUGCUACAAGUUUAUGAAAGGGCGUACCGGCUCUACGUUGUCACUUGCAAAAUAUGUCAAAUGCUUAAGAGUUGAGACAAGCUGUUCUCGACUAGUACUUCAACUAAACUUCAUCGUGACUGUGGAAUUAAGCGUUCAAGCGGAAAGUGAUUUUGUCCAAUGUCAAACAAAAAUGCGAGCCCUUGCCUCCAGGAUCUGCAGUGAAUUUAAACAAAUUAAACUUAACUGAAAGAGAAUUGUUCAUCAAAAUGCUAUAUGGAGUCUGGUCUUCUCUACAGCCCGACCAUGAAACAAACAAAUCUCCGCGCCGGAUGCAAGUCAGCCCUCCAGCCAGGAACGAUGACAGGUCACCGAUCUAAAACAUUUGAAGACCUCUUGCAUCUUUUCUCUUCCGAGGAUAAGUACAAAGGAUUUUCCUUAUGUUAAAGAGAAGAUUGACUGAUCGAUUGGAAUCAACUACUGCUCUGUCGAUUUUAAAUGGACCCAAGCCUUUCUUGUUGCCAGUCGUUUGAUCGCAGAGGUCAAUGAAUUUUUCGGAUCAUUCAGGAUAAGUCUAAGCCAACGCGUGUCGCUAUGAUAUGGCUGAGAGUUAAGGUGAAUAGAACUAGGCUGUGUACGGCGGCCCACUUCGCAAGAAAUGAAAUAAAAUAUCAGUACGACCCGGGAUGUACGAUAGCUUGUUUGUUAUUUAUACCUCUCUAUAAACAGAAGUUUUACAAAUGUUACUCGCUGUCCCCUUCUUAGAAAUCGGAGGAAAGCAAAAAAUUACCAUAUCCAAUAUCUGUGACAAAAAGGAAACCUUGUAAAACUUUUCGUUAAUCGUCAAGACCGUCAAGAGAUAUAAAAGGUCGCCCAAGAUCGCACGCUGUGAGGUUACGCAUAAUUUUAGCUUUUCACAUGGCGUUAAUCUAUUACAACCAGGAUUUUAGGGUGUACGAGGAGACACGUGACCAGCCGAUGCCAGGGCCUUUUCCAGCCCCACCCAUUUUUUGAGGGAAAAGCCCUGGGGACGAGGUUGAUAUUUUGCUGAAAAACACUUGAGAAAUCACCCAAAAAUUCUCAAAACCUAAUUGAACCAAGGACUCCCAUUAUGGCUCUUGAUCAAAUAUUCAUUAAAUAUUUAAGAAAAAGGAGGGAAAUAUACAAAAAAUAAUGCUUUUAACUACAACCUCGUCCCCAGGGCUUUUCCCUCAAAAAAUGGGUGGGGCACCACCCAUUUUUUGAGGGAAAAGCCCUGGGGACGAGGUUGUUUUAACCAGACUGCCCCCAGACUGCCCCCUUAAUAACAAUGUCGCGGUGAAAAGCGUUUAUUUAACACAUAAGACAGUACUUGAUAGAUUAACAGUUCUCUUUAUACUGCAGGAAAUACGCAUUCAACACCAUCAAGCGCGUAGAGAUGAAACACGACCCCAAGAAAGGGAAGAGAUAUCUACUUGAGCUUGUUAUUAAGGAUAUCACCGAUGGAAAACACUACUUAUUGUCAGAAUAUGUCUUUGUCCCUUAUGGAAAAGACGCUUCUUUUUUAUGUUAUCCUAACGCUCUGCAGUGGAACAAGACAGCGGAUGUCUAUUUAAUACUCACGGCUAAGAAUCUAGGUCGAUGGGUUCAUCAUUUUAUAAAGAACGUUGAAAAGAUAGUGCAAGAAACAAAUGAUGAUCAUUUGCACGUCGUCAUAUAUGACUUUGGAAGCCCCGAUAUUGAUAUUAGAAAGGCUUUACAAAGAAGCAUCUUAAAGAAUUAUCAUUUUAUCAUAAAUCCUGCACCCUAUUCGAGGACUAAGUCUUUCAGUGAGGCCAUAAAAUCGGUUGAUGAUCCAGACGCUAUUGUUGUUACUAUAGAUCUUCAUCUUGAUAUUGGAAGUCAGACCAUAAGUGAUAUACGUAAGGUAAGAUUUCUGCCAGUAUAAGCCUACAUCGUCCAUAAUGUAAUUCGGAUAAAUCUAAAAUUGACGUCUUCGCCUCGAAAACCUUUUAAAAGGUUUCCCCCAACACUGUUAAUUUGGACAUCAUGCUGUGACGUAAUGUAAUUAAAAAGGGAUUGGCCGAUAAAAACGUUCGGGUUUUCUGGAUAAAGGGAAAAUUUUGGUCGGGAUGGUGGGAUUUAAAAACCCUAUUGCGGACCCUUGCUCAUAGAAGGGUAGACCACACAUUUCAAAUUGAUCCGGGUAAUUGUAGACGGCGUUAUGGAUAGCCAGAGGAGAGUGACUUUGAACCAUCUUAAACAAAAAAUAAAAUAACAGUUUUUCUUGCCAGUUUCUCUACCACUUUAACUAAAGUGUUUAAUGUUCCGGCAAAGUAGUUGGCACACGAGGCUUUUCUUGGGUCACAAUAAACUGUAAGGUAGUUACUGAUGUACGGGAGAAUUAACUUAGUAACGGGUAAACAUCGUCCUCCAUUGGUCUUUCAUCUUUAUCUAAUCAAUUACCUCAUUUUGAUUUCAGCAUUGUUUCAAAGGAAAGACAGUCUACGCUCCUCAAAUCAUCUUUCUGCAUUGUGGUGGCAGUAGCAAUAAGCCCGUAGGCGUCUGGUAUCACUUGAGUUAUGGCACGAUAGCAAUGUACAAAAGGGAUUGGGAAUCCUUCGGAGGGUUUUCAAAAAGAUUCCUCAACAAAGACACGUGGGGUGGUGAGGAUUGGGAUGUAAUUGACGGUGCAGUUAAGGGAGGACUGGAAAUAGAACGCAAGCGCGCGCCAUGGAUUUUUCACUACCAACACAACAAAGCGGGAAUGUGGCAAAGAAAUUAG